AUGUCUGAAGCGUACGAGCGCGAAAGACAAAACAACGAUUCUCUCUCCUCCCUUUCCGCCAAAGUCUCCCAACUUCGUAGCGUGACUAUCGACAUCUACGACAAUGCGCGCGAUCAAGGAGUCCUUGACUCCACCUCCGAUACCUUCUCAUCAAUGACGACUUCUCUGAAAGGAUCCGCGAGGAGGCUCGGGGUCAUGGCAGGACAGGGAAACAAGGUGGCCAUAUUUAAACUCGCGGCUAUCAUAAUCGCUGUGGUUAUGGUGGCGUAUUGGAUACUGAGUUGGAUUUUCUAA